AUGAUUGGCGCUCUUACUCGUGGACUUCGCAUGGCGCCCUCUACGGGCCGCCUGCUUUCUCAGCCGCUUCGUGCUGCUCCUCUGGGCGGUGUGCGCUUCAACUCUGGCAAGGUCUCGGGCCCUGUGAUCGGUAUCGAUCUGGGUACGACCAACUCCUGUGUCUCGAUCAUGGAGGGCCAGCAGGCCCGCGUCAUCGAGAACUCGGAAGGCGGCCGUACUACCCCCUCGGUCGUUGCUUUCACGAAGGACGGCGAACGCCUGGUGGGUGUGCCCGCCAAGCGUCAGGCUGUCGUGAACCCUGAGGCCACUCUGUUCGCCACCAAGCGUCUUAUCGGUCGCAAGUUCACCGACCGCGAGGUGCAGAAGGACAUUGACAAUGUGCCAUUCAAGAUUGUUGCUCACACGAACGGUGAUGCUUGGCUUGAGGCGCGUGGACAGCGCUACUCGCCAUCGCAGAUUGGUGCCUUUGUGGUCGGCAAGCUCAAGGACACUGCCUCUGGCUACUUGGGCAAGUCCGUCAAGCACGCCGUGAUUACGGUGCCUGCUUACUUCAAUGACUCGCAGCGUCAGGCUACUAAAGACGCAGGCACCAUUGCUGGCCUGGAAGUGCUGCGUGUUAUCAACGAGCCCACUGCCGCUGCUCUGGCUUACGGUCUUGACCGCCAAGACAAUGCCACCAUCGCUGUCUUCGAUCUGGGUGGUGGUACCUUUGAUGUGUCUAUUCUUGAGAUGUCGAAGGGCGUUUUCGAGGUCAAGUCGACGAACGGUGACACGCACCUUGGUGGUGAAGACUUUGACAUUGUCAUCGUUGAGCACCUUGUCAAGGAAUUCCAGAAGGAGAACGGCAUUGACCUGAGCAAGGACCGUAUGGCUAUUCAGCGUAUUCGCGAGGCUGCUGAGAAGGCCAAGAUUGAGCUUUCGAGCACCUCGUCGACGGACAUCAGCCUCCCCUACAUCACGGCCGACGCUUCGGGCCCCAAGCACAUCAACUCGAAGAUGACCCGUGCUCAGCUCGAGGGCAUGAUUAGCAAGCUGAUUCAGCGCACGGUCGAUCCAUGCAACAAGGCUAUGGCGGAUGCCGGUGUCAAGCCCAGCGACGUGAACGAUGUGAUCAUGGUCGGUGGUAUGAGCCGUAUGCCGAAGGUGCUCGACACUGUGAAGAACAUCUUCAAGCGCGAGCCCUCGAAGGGUGUGAACCCUGACGAGGCCGUGGCUAUUGGUGCCUCGAUCCAGGGUGGUGUGCUGUCUGGCCAUGUGACUGACAUUCUCCUGCUCGAUGUGACGCCACUGUCGCUCGGUAUUCAGACGCUGGGUGGUGUGUUCACCCGCCUGAUCAACCGCAACACAACGAUUCCCACCAAGAAGAGCCAGGUGUUCUCGACCGCCGCUGACGGCCAGACUGCCGUGGACAUUCAGGUCUACCAGGGUGAGCGUGAGCUCGUGAAGGACAACAAGCUUCUUGGCAACUUCCAGCUCACCGGUAUUCCCCCCGCCCCUAAGGGUGUGCCUCAGAUCGAGGUUACCUUUGACAUUGACGCCGACGGUAUCGUGAACGUUGGUGCUAAAGACAAGGCUACCAACAAGGACCAGAGCAUGACGAUCGCUGCUGGCUCCGGUCUCUCUGAACAGGAGAUUGAGCGCAUGGUGAACGACGCUGAGCAGCACGCUGAGGCUGACAAGGCUCGCCGUGUGGUCAUUGAGGAGGCUAACCGCGCCCAGAGUGUGGCUGGAGAGACGAGCAAGGCCAUGGCCGAGUUCAAGGACCAACUCGACAAGGAGGAGGCCGAGAAGGUUCAGAAGCUGGUGGAGGAGCUCGAGGGUCUGGCCAGCCGCGGUAUUUCGGGUGACGCUGAGCUCACUGCUGAUGAGAUCAAGGCUAAGAUUGACGAGACGCAGCAGGCUUCGCUAGGUCUCUUCAAGAAGGUGUACGAAAGCCGCGCUCAGUCGGACAACCAGGGCGAGGGCGAGAAGAAGGAAUAA